AUGCUCCAAUUGCAAGAGCAGCAAGCUGAUGAGAAGAAGAUUGACCGUAUCGAAGACCGUCUUGCAGGCAUUGAGCACGUGCUCGAAGCCCUGUCUCAUAAAUUGAGUAAUUUGGACAUCAAACCCGACCUUGAGCAUAGCAGCCAGCCGAAACAUGCCAUCGGCACCACCAGAAGCCCGCGUUCGAACUCGGAGGCGAAUGUCUCUACUCCUGCUUUCGAAGGUGAAACCACCAUCAACCGGCAAUCCGAGUUUGCUCGUGAACUGCUGGAGCAAGCAGUCGGGCGUACUCCAUCGAUUGAACAAAAUGCAGAAAUCAAAGCUGCCUUGACAUCUUUACAGAACAUGGUAACACGGCAGGGUGCCAACGCAAAUACUAUAGCCGCGUCUCUAACCUAUCCAUUCUCAAACAAGGCGCUUGCUGAAAUAGAUCACACCAAGCUAGAGCGACCGCCAUGGGAGUUGGUGAAUGAAGUCAUCGACAAAGCCUCGGUCUACCCGACUAUGUCUUUUGCCGUGGUAUUCCCUUUUCUGAAGAUGCCCAAGAUGAAGGACAUCUUCCGCGAAGCGUUCGACAACGCAGCGGAUUGCAGCGUUGGGCGCAGGAUGCUCGUAUACGGCGUCCUCACCAGUCUAUUCUAUGAGUUUUCUUGCUACCCAGUUGUGGACAAAAGAGUCGAAAGCUACCGUGGUCUUGCCCGCAUUUGCGAAAGACAGAUGGAAGUCGCUAUGAGCCAGUUGGACCUUUACCUUCCUGCUACGUACGAGAAUAUCUUGGCGUUACUUCUCGGCUCAGCACAAGCCAUCGAGAUGUGCAAACCAUCACUUUGUUGGACCAUGAUCUCCACAGCAGCACAUCUUUCACAGAAUCUUGGCUAUCAUCAUUAUCAGACGAUGAAAGACGAUCCUGUAGAGGAACGAAAUGCCAAAAUACAUGUCUUCUGGUUUAUUUAUGUCAUGGAUAAGACGCUUUCGCUCCGCUUGGGACGCGCGUCUAUCAUCCAGGACUGGGACAUGUCACUCCCGUACCCGAAUAUCGACACCGAUCACGCACGAUUUGGCUCCCUUGUUCAGCAAGGACAGAGAGGAACCGAACUGCUGAUAUACUGGAUCAAAAUUGCACAGAUUCAGGGUAAAGCAUACGAGAAGCUGUUUAGCCCGGCAGGAUUUUUGCGACCCAUGGAAGAGCGCGCCCGUGCGGCAACCGAACUCGUAGAUGCCCUGAAUAAGGCGUGGACAGAACGUGGAGAGGCAAGUGCUUUCGACUUUGCUUAUCUAGAGCUAGAAUAUGGGCUGGCGAAAAAGGGUAGCGGAGUCUCAACCGGGCUGAAGCCAAUUUCCGAGCGGAAGCGAUUCCGAUAUGUGCUCCCGCCUACUACUCAAUCGAGCUUGAGAGGCCCAGACAUGUCCUACUGCGAAGUCGAAGAAAUCGACGAUUCAGGUGCUGCUCGUUCAGUUAUAUUGGAGAUAUCUUUUAUCACGCUGCGCGCUAUCAGCCCUGAUAACGUCUCUUUCGAUACCGACUGUCUGGAGUCGGCUCGAGCAGCUCUUGUAGCACAUCAGCGAUGUGCGGCACAAUUCAACGUCAAGGGCAAUGAAGAUCUCUGGUCAGGUUACAUCCACUGGGCUAUUCUCCAAGCACCCUUCACACCCUUCAUUGUUAUCUUCUGUCAUAGUGUCCUCCAUUGCGACCCUUCCGAUCUCAACUCACUCUCCGACUUCGUCAUUAGCCUCGAAUCUUGCCGCACCAUUUCAGAAGGAGCCGACAAGCUCUACAAAAUGUGCCACUUGUUCCUGCAAGUGGCUAAGCUUUACGUUGAGGCAAAGAAGAAUGAAGCCAUCCCUGUCACGACGACCGGAUCAGCAUCCCAGCCAGACCAGAGCGGUUUCUAUCCUCAAGAAACCGGCAUCAAUUUGGAUACAAUGACACAAUUCGAUCCGUAUCUGAGCGCGCUGGGAUUGAUGCCGAACCAGGGUUUUCCGAUGACAGGGUUCCCCCCCCUGAAUACGGGAACGACUGGUGUCGAUGGGUUCCCGCCGGGGAGCUUUGAUGCGAGUAUGGCGCCGAGUGGAUCAGGCAUGGGCCCCGGAAACCCUACGAAUGUGCAGGAUUGGUUCUCGGGGUCGAGAUAUCUUUUGAAUCUGAUGGAAGAUGAUAUCCAAAUGCCGGACUUCAGCUUAUAG